AUGGCGAUAGAGCAGAUCUUUGAGGCUCUGCCUCUACAUUAUUUGCAGCAUGGCAUAUCGAAAUUUGGGGCUGUUAACAUUGCGUUGGCGGUUUUCGUGACCGCAGCCUUGGGCGUGCUCGCAGACUAUGCCUGGAUGCUGUACAUGAGAUCGAAGAUGCCUCCCGGACCCUUCCCAUAUCCCAUUGUUGGCAACACGUUCCAGCUGCCCGACAGCAAGCCGUGGAUAUUCUUCGAGGAACUAUCGAAGAAGUACAAUACGCCGCUGAUAACAUAUUGGAUCGGACGUAACCCAACCGUGUGGAUCAAUGAUGCCUGGACCGCGAACGAACUUCUCGACAAGAGAGCAGGCAUAUACUGCUCGCGGCCACGUAUGUUAGUCUUUGCGGAACUCGGAUCUGGUCAGAGCAAUCUAGUAAACCUAAUUACUACCACACAAGCGCAGCGUGAGCGCUUCCGAAUGUUGCGUAAAGUGACGCAUCAAGGCGUUGGCAUUCAGCAGGUGAAGAAGUAUCGCGACUUCCAGAACGAUGAGAGCAAGGUCGUCGCACUCGAUCUCUUGAGUGCCCCAGAGAAUUAUGUUGCGCAUUUUGAACGCUACGCGACCAGUGUGGUCUCCAUCAUUGGCUUCGGCAGGCGCGUCGCAAGCCACGAAGAUCCCAUCAUCACCGAAGUCAUUGCGUUGAUGCAUCGAGCAGCAGACCUGAACGUUCCCGGAAAGACGUUCCCCAUGCUGAUGGAGACAUUCCCCGUUCUUGCUCGUGUACCGACCGAAUAUGCGCCGUGGAAGCACGGCAUGGGAUCGAAGAAGAAGUCGCACCGCGGUCAUGACUUCUUCUACUCUUUAGCAAGCGAAGCGAAUGAGAAGCCUGGACACGACGGUUGUUAUGCGAAGAUGCUGUUCAGAGAACAGGAAAAGUACGGUCUCAGUCCGAAGGAGAUUUCUGCGCUGACUGGGAAUCUGUUCGGUGCUGGAUCAGACACCUCAAGUAGUACGCUGAUCACCGCUGUUCUUGCGAUGCGAGCGUUUCCAGAAGCCAUGCAGGCGGCAUGGGAAGAGCUGGAUCGCGUAGUCGGACCGGAUCGCAGUCCCUCGUUCGAAGACGACGCGAAUCUACCUUACAUGCGAGCAUUUGUGAAAGAGGUGUUCCGAUGGCGAUCAGUUGCCAUCAUCGGCGGGCAGCCACAUGCUCCGGUUCAAGAUGAUUACUACAACGGUUACUUGAUUCCGCAAUCGACAUGGGUCCAAGGAAACGUCUGGGCGAUACAUCAUAAUGACCGUGACUUUCCCGAACCAGACCGUUUUAAUCCAAACCGGUUCCUAAAGGACCAUCCUGACUCGCGACCAUUCCCUGGUGAGAGAGGAUAUAUGACAUUUGGUUGGGGCCGUCGAGUCUGCUCAGGACAGGCGCUUGCCGAACAAGGCACAUGGCUCACAGUCGCGCGGCUAGUCUGGGGUUUUAAGGUUGAGCCGGCACUGGACGAGAGUGGAAAGCCCAUUCCAGUCGAUAUAUUUGACUAUACGAAUGGUCUCAACAUGCGCCCGCAGGUGUUCAAAGUGAGCAUCAAGCCGCGAAGCGAGAGGAUACGGCAGGCUAUCGUCCGAGAAGGUGAGCAGGCCUUGAUGGAUCUUGCACAGUACGAGGGUGAAACAAAGUAUCGCAUGAGUACUUUCUACGGCAAAUAG